AUGCAUAAACUUGGUCUGGAAAUGUCUUAUUGUCGUGGGCAAGGUUAUGAUGGGGCUGGUAACAUGGCAGGGCAUCUUUGUGGUGUAGCAGCAUUAAUUUUAAAAGAUUUUCCUAAAGCUCCAUACAUCCACUGCUUUUCCCAUCAACUUAAUCUAUGUGUUGCCAAAGCAUGUGCAAUUCCUUCGUUUCGAGAUAUGAUGAAUCAUGUUCGAUUUAUCUCUGAUUUCUUUAAUAAUUCUCCAAAAAGGUUAGAAGAUCUAUCUACAAAAAUCAGUGAGCUAUGUCCGACAUCAUCUUUUCAAAAGACAAUCAAUGUUUGUAGAACCAGGUGGAUUAAAAGAAUUGAUGGCCUUGAAGCUUUUAUUGAAUUAUAUCCAGCUAUAGUUGCAUCUCUUAUUUGUAUCAAAGAAGAUGUGACAUGGAACUACAAAUCUAGAGGUGAUGCUUCUGCAUAUGUGGCAAUAUGUUGUUCUUUUAAGUUUAUUAUCCCCUUAAUCAUAGUUAGGAAGUUAUUAGGCUAUAUAAGACCACUGACUAAAACUUUGCAAAAGGUUGAUAAAGAUUUCUCAAAAGCUCGUAAAGAUGUGGAAAAUUUAAAGAAUACUCUUAUAUUUCUUCGGAGCUCUAUGGAUAUUUCACACACAGAAUGGUACAAAGAAGCUGUUAGCAUAGCUGCAACUACUGGUACAAUGCCAUCCAAACCAAGAACAUGUGGUUAA